UGCGUUUUCUUUCCGGAGCAGCUGCUCAAAUUCGAAGCAGAGUGAAUGCUAGUAAACUUAGCCGGCGACAAACUUAAAAAUCAGCAAUUCCAGUGUUUCUCUUCAAUGAUGUUGUGAUCACUCUGAAGUGAAAACGGCUCCAGAGGACAUAUUUUGCGUUUAUUUGGAAUUCAACGGAUAAGGAGCACAAGGUGAUGGAACCAGAACUCUUGACCGAGGUCCCCGCUGCAUUGAAACGUCUCGCCAAGAUGGUAGUGAGGGGGUUUUAUGGGGUGGAGCACGCCUUGGCCUUGGAUGUGCUCAUUCGCAACCCAUGCGUCCGUGAGGAAGAUAUGCUGGAGCUGCUCAAGUUUGACCGGAAACAACUGCGCUCUGUACUCAACACAUUAAAAGCUGAUAAGUUUGUCAAGUGUCGUAUGAGAGUAGAGACGGCACCGGAUGGAAAGACAACGCGACAUAACUACUACUUCAUCAAUUACAGAGUCCUGGUGAAUGUGGUCAAGUAUAAACUGGAUCACAUGAGACGACGUAUAGAGACUGAUGAACGAGAUUCCACCAACCGUGCCUCAUUCCGAUGUCCCUGCUGCUUUUCUACUUUUACUGAUCUCGAAGCCAAUCAGUUAUUUGACCCCACGACAGGUACAUUCCGUUGCACGUUCUGUCAAACGGAAGUGGAAGAAGAUGAAUCUGUGUGUCCUGAUGCCAGGACACUGGUGGCACGAUUUAACGAACAGAUAGAGCCCAUCUAUGUGCUACUCCGCGAGACCGAGGAUGUGAACUUGUCUCACGAUCUGCUGGAGCCCGAACCCACAGAGAUCCCUGCUCUCAAGCAGAGCCGUGAACGCAACGCGGCGGCUGCGGCUAACGCUGUGAGCGGACCACACCGAGAAGCCUGGUCCAACAAAGGCUCAUCCUACGCUGACCUCUACACCCAAAAUGUUGUCAUCAAUAUGGAGGCACAGGGUGACCUGCAGAAGCAAGCGAGUGAGGGCACGGCAUCCAAGGAGAGGCCUGUCUGGUUAACACAGAGUACUGUGCAGGGCGCUUACACAGAGUCGGACUUGCUGAAAAACCGUGGAGACACUGUAGCCGGCAUCCAAGAUGGAGCAGGUCACCCUGGAGCUGGCCAGUCCGAAGAAAACGAGGAGGUAAUGCGGGCCUUGCUCAUCCACGAGAAGCGAGCUGUAGCGGGGCCAGGUGGAGGCGGAGCAAACGCCGCCUCCAGGGGACUGGCGUCCGCCGCUACCAAUGCUAGCGACUCAGAGAGCGACACCAGUGAAUCCGACGACGAGGCGCCCACUGCCCCUCCUCCUCAUGUAGCCACCGCCGCUCCUCGGCGAGUUGCGGAGGAUGAAGAGGAGGAUGAUGAUGACUUUGAGGAGGUGGGAGAUGAGCCCACGGUGAUGGUGGGAGGCCGGCCGUUCUCUUACGGUGAAGUGAGCCAGAGGCCGGAGCUUGUCGAACAGAUGUCUGCGCAGGAAAAGGAAGCCUACAUUGAAAUGGGGCAAAAACUCUUCCAAGAGAUGUACUUUUGAGCACACAUGCAUACAUAUUUUGUACAAACUUAACAAGAUGCUGCUUCCCAAAUCAAUCCAUUCAUUAGCACAGUGAAUGAUCCAAGUGGGCACAUAUGCUUUGUCAGUGUGCCUCAAAGGUCACUCAGCGUAUAGUAUUCAUUCCGAAGUAUGUUGUAGAUUCUGCAAGCCAGCUAUGCAUUUUGUGCCAAUGUUUUUCCUCGGCUGUUAUUUCAACAGGCGUCUUUUUUUUUGUUGGUAUUAAUACAGCUGUUUAAUUUGAGACAUAUAUGUCCAAAUCUAUCAUUCAUGCUACCUUGAGGGAUUCUGAGCAACUUGCUCAAAGGCUCAAUUAAUUGCUCAAUAAAAAGAGCAAUGCGUUGUGACAUUUCAGUUUUCUAAAAAUAAAAAUUUGUUUU